GAAAGGAAGAAAAAGGCCAAGCCACAUGUUGAUAAUUGUUUAAGAUAUCCAGUUCCCAUAAUUUACCAAUGUCGUUGUAGGAUAUCUUACAAGUUUGGUGAACAGAUCUAAAGUGGCUUUUACCAUAUAAUAUUAGUUUUAUCAUAAUGCUCCCAUAUUACUAUAACCACAUAAAAUAAUGAAGAAAGGCGUUAUAAAUCUGUAGCUAGAACAGAUCGUAUAUUUAAAUGACAGAACAUAAUUACCGUCAGUCUUUGGUGCCUAAAAUAAUCUUUUGUAACAUUUUAUAUUUAAAUGUUAGUCUCAAAUUCGAAUGAUUAACGUUUUUAAGUUUUGAGUGUCACGCAGAAAUUUAUGUCAUUUAUUAAUGCUUAAUUAAUGAGAUCGAUAAAAAUUGAUACUAACUCUUAUUGGCAAAUUCCAUUUCAAUCCCCAACUAUAUAAUCAACCACAACCAAUCUCAUCCUUCCACCACAACCAAGUUCUUUAUAUUUUCAUACCUUUAAUUUCUUCCUUACACACUCUCUAUCUUCCCUUUUUUGUUAGCGAAGAACCCGAAGCAAUGGGGAAGUGUAAAAUUCUGGUGGUGGGAGGAACAGGAUACAUGGGGAAGAGAAUUGUGAAGGCGAGCUUAGCACAAGGGCACCCAACCUAUGUUCUUCAGAGGGCGGAAAUCGGAUUGGACAUCGACAAACUUCAAAUGUUGUUGUCGUUUAAGGAUCAAGGAGCUCAUCUGGUUGAGGGUUCCUUUUCCGAUCAUCAAAGCCUCGUGGAUGCAGUCAAACUUGUUGAUGUUGUCAUCUGUACGAUGUCUGGGGUUCAUUUCCGCAGCCAUAACAUAUUGUUGCAGCUUAAACUCGUUCAAGCCAUCAAGGAAGCUGGAAAUGUCAAGCGUUUCAUACCAUCAGAAUUCGGGAUGGAUCCGGCCAGAAUGGGAAAUGCAAUUGAACCGGGAAGGGUAACAUUUGAUGAGAAAAUGGUGGUUAGGAAGGCCAUUGAAGAAGCUAAAAUCCCAUAUACAUACGUCUGCGGUUGUUGCUUUGCUGGUUAUUUUGUUGGCAACUUAUGUCAACUAUCCACUUUGGUUCCACCUAAAGAAAAUGUCAUAGUUUAUGGAAAUGGCCAUAAGAAAGUGGUUUUCAUGGAUGAAGAUGAUAUCGCGACUUAUACAGUCAAGACUGCAGAUGAUCCUCGAGCUCUGAACAAGACAGUGUAUAUUAGACCACCAGAAAAUAUUCUCACUCAAAAGGAAUUAAUUGAAAAGUGGGAAAAACUCAAUGGGAGAAAACUAACUAAAAUUACCCUUUCUAAAGAAGAUUUCUUGGCUCCAUUGAAAGAAUUGGAUUAUGCGCAACAAGUGGGAGUAGGUCAUUUCUAUCAUGUCUUCUAUGAAGGAUGUUUAACCAAUUUUGAAAUCAGAGAAGGUGAAGAAGAAGCUUCGGAGCUUUACCCGGAAGUUGAAUACAAUCGCAUGGACUCUUACCUGAAACGUUUUCUAUAGAUAUUGAUUGAAACAUUUUUAAACUACUAAAUACCUAUGUUCGUUACGCUUUUAUCGUUUCUGGGACAUUUGCUUGAUACUUGAUCCACAUUGAUUUUAUUUGAUAUUCAAAGUUUUUCAAUAAUUUCUCUUUUUAAGGCUCCAUUCCAAAUUCAAUGCAACUAGUUAACGAAAAAGGACUGUAAUAGAUAUUGUGUAUGCAGCUGUUGUACCAGGAUUAUGCAGUCAAACUACUUUAAC